AUGGAGGGGGUGGACAGUGACAUGACGAUAGAUAAAGGACGAUGGACGAUGGAGGGGGUGGACAGUGACAUGACGAUAGAUAAAGGACGAUGGACGACAAUUCAGAAAAGAGACGAUGGCGAUUUGGAUUUUUACAGAACAUGGAACGAGUACAAAGAGGGGUUUGGGAAUGCCUCUAAAAACUACUGGUUAGGGAAUGAUGCAAUCCACGCCUUAACAAAGGAUAAAGACCAAGAACUCCGAGUUGAUCUCCAGAGUUUUAACGAAGAACAGGCCUAUGCUGUGUAUUCUACAUUUUACAUCGGAGAUGAAGACAGUAAAUAUAGACUUACAGUAUCUGGAUACAGCGGAACAGCGGGUGAUAGUUUGGAUCGGCACAAUGAAAGGAAAUUUACAACAAAGGACCAGGACAACGACAGACGUGGUGGUAACUGUGCUGUAGACAGACACGGGGCCUGGUGGUACGACGACUGUUACGACUCAAACCUUAACGGAGAGUAUGGACAGUCUGGUGUGUCUGGUUGGAUAUACCCGGUAUGGAGAAAAUGGAGAGAAAAAGAAGCAUUAAAACAGACUCAGAUGAUGAUCAGACACAAAGACUCAAUGUAUCUUUUAUCCUGAAAUAUUUAUGGAGUUGAUAGUCAGGUUUGGUUACAAACAGGAGUUUUAUCAUCUCUGUAUCAUUAAUUCUGAUAUAUUUCAAAUGA